GAAGGAGAAGAACUGAAGAAGACACACUCACUCGUCCCAACAGUCAAACCAGUCCGGCCGAGCUCUCUUCCCGGAGCUGAAAACUUAAGCUCCUGUUUCCGACCCAGAAGAAAGAAAGAAAGAAAGAAAGAAAGAAACCCUAUUCUCUUAUCGUUUCCGGGGAGAAUCUCGUCGGUCAGGCCAAAAAAACAAACAAAGGGACAUUUCGGCUUAGUAUUGUAUUUGAGG